CUGCAGGAAAUCCGUUUGGAGGGUGGUAAAAAAUUAAAGAUUGAUCUAUGGUGUUGGAGGCGAACCGAACGAGUGUUUUCAAGCUGCGGCGUGUGGUCUUUCUCUCCGUGACACAGCACAAACAAAUUCUCAGUGUUGGAGACUUGAGCUCAUAGAGAAAUCAUAGUUUGUUUAAUUUCAAUUCUGAGCAAAGGUCAACAUGCAAGUUUUUUCCAUUGAAGGCGAAAGUGCUUUGUCAGUUGUUGGUCCAAGGCCAAUGGAAUGGUCUACUGUUCCAUACAAUGCCCCUCAAGCUCCUGGGCCAAAUGGAAAGCAGCGGACCUCAAGUUUGGAAUCACCGAUCAUGUUGCUGUCAGGUCACCAGAGUGCUAUAUAUACCAUGAAGUUCAAUCCAGCAGGAUCAGUCAUUGCAUCUGGAUCUCAUGACAGGGAAAUUUUCCUCUGGAAUGUGCAUGGGGAUUGCAAGAACUUCAUGGUUCUGAAAGGUCACAAGAAUGCUGUUUUAGAUCUCCACUGGACUACUGAUGGGACACAAAUAGUCUCUGCCAGCCCCGACAAAACAGUGAGGGCAUGGGAUGUGGAAACAGGAAAACAAAUCAAAAAGAUGGUAGAACAUCUCUCUUAUGUUAAUUCAUGUUGUCCUUCUCGAAGGGGACCACCUCUUGUUGUUAGUGGCUCUGAUGAUGGAACUGCUAAAUUAUGGGAUAUGCGUCAAAGGGGUUCCAUCCAAACAUUCCCAGAUAAAUACCAGAUUACCGCUGUUGGCUUCUCAGAUGCAUCAGAUAAGAUCUUCACUGGUGGUAUUGACAAUGAUGUCAAGAUUUGGGAUUUGCGUAAAGGUGAAGUUACCAUGACACUUCAAGGUCAUCAAGACAUGAUUACUGAUAUGCAGCUGAGUCCUGAUGGGUCCUACCUUCUUACAAAUGGCAUGGAUUGCAAACUUUGCAUUUGGGAUAUGCGUCCGUAUGCUCCGCAAAAUCGCUGUGUGAAGGUGUUGGAAGGGCAUCAACACAACUUUGAAAAGAACUUAUUGAAGUGCGGUUGGUCUCCUGAUGGAAGCAAGGUAACAGCUGGUAGUUCUGAUCGAAUGGUUUACAUCUGGGAUACCACUUCUCGCCGCAUCUUGUAUAAGCUUCCCGGUCACAAUGGAUCUGUUAACGAGUGUGUUUUUCAUCCCAAUGAGCCUAUUAUUGGAUCUUGUAGCAGUGACAAGCAGAUUUAUCUAGGGGAGAUAUGAAGCUCAACGUUUAGGAACUUGCCAAAUGAAAUGACCAUGUUGGUGCUUUUGAUGACAACCAUUAGGGAGUGGUAAACUUUAGAGAUGCUGAAUUCCUUCAGUUGUUCCCUGGUCGAUCAAUUCUGUAUAAUGUUCUUGCAAAAAUAUUAUAUCCUACCCUUUGUUUGUAAUAUGUGAUUUGACGUUGGUGAGAAUGGCUUCAUAAUUUCAUUGUGAACUUCGAGACAUUUUGCUUAGGAAGGUGUUUCGAAAUUUUUCCCCUGCAGAAUUGGAUUAAAUUUAAAAAUGAAAAAUGUUAGUGAUACAUUCUUGA